UGUUUGCCUGCUCACAAUCCAGCUUCCAUUACCAAGCGCUGUCGAAGAAGACGCAUUCUGCGUUGAAUUUACAGUUUUUUAUUCAGAAAGUAAUCCAAAGUAAUCGAAUCCAGGUACCAUGCCGGCUGGCGAUAUGGAUUCAGAAUAUUCUGUAGGUAUUAAUAAUCGCUUUAUUGGUAUCGAUAGUGAUAUGACUGAUGACCCCUUAGAGCUGAUUAGAUCUGCCCAAGAGAAACCAAAGAAGGUAAAGGAAGUCAAGCCCAAGGUAAAAAAGGAUGCCAAACCGACAAAGGGAACUAAAGACAAGCCAUCAAAAAUAGAUGCUCCACCUACUGAAUCAUCUGAAACUAGGAGAUCGGAGACAUCUGACAGACCUAGAGGUCGAGGUAGAGGUCGUGGUCGUGGUGGUGAUAGAGGGAGAGGAAGAGGUCGUGGUGGUGGUUUUGGUUCAGUAAAUUCCCCACAGGAUGAAAACACUGGUGGUUUUGGGGAUAGCAACCCUAGCACUGGAGGUGGUCCAAGAGGUCCUAGAGGUGCUUGUCACCGCUGUGGAGAAGAGGGUCAUUUUGUAAGAAAUUGUCCCCAAGCUGCUUCACCUGGAGGCCCACCUGCUUCUGAUGGCUUUGGAGCACCCAGUAACACUGGAUUUGGAUUUGGUGCACCUUCUGGAUUUGGUAGCAGUAACGACAAUGAGGAUGAGAGGAGAGGAGGAAGAGGUGGUUUCCGAGGGGGGCGAGGUGGUCGUGGUGGACGAGGAAGAGGUGGUCGUGGUGGACGGGAAUUUGAUAGACGCAGUGGAAGUGAUAAGAGUAGUUCUGUGAAGGCAUUUGAUAAACGUGAUGGAUCUGGACAAUAUAACUGGGGAACUGCACAAGAUGAAUUGGCAGCAAGUGAGGAGCAACAAAGUGGUUUUGGAACUCCAAAAGAAGCUGAAGAUGUCCCUGCAGAAAAUACAGAGGAAACCACAGAAACUGGCAACGUAUCAGGAAACGAAGAAAACAAGGAAAAUGUUGAAGCACCACAGAUUUCUUUUGACGAGUACAAACAGCAAUUGGAACAGUCGCGAUCAAAACCACAGUACAACAUUCGAAAAGCGAACGAGGGUGAGAAGAUUAAGGGCUUGAAACAAUUGAAAAAACCGACGGAAGAAGAAAACGAAGCUGACGGAUCUCUAUUUUUCCCAAAAAGGUACAUUGAAGAGAAAUUAAAAACAUCUGGCCGAGUAAAGGAGCACUUGAAUUUGGAAUUUCAAUAUACAUCUGGGGACAACAGGCAUAUGGACACAGACAAAGGGCGACGUGGUGGAAGAGGUCGUGGACGCGGUGGUCGUAGCGGACGCAGAGACGAGUCCAUGGGAUUUGGAGGCGGAAAAAAAAUUCAGUUAGAAAACAAUGAAGAAUUCCCUUCACUUUAGGAAACACUCUAGCCGCCGGCUAUGUACACUGGAUUCGUUACUUCUGGAUUACUGUUUUGCUUUGAUAUUUUCAAAUUGCCUGCUUAUGAUGCGUGCACACGUCAUCGGAAUGUAUAGCCUUCUAUAAAAUCAUCAAUACGAGAGAAAGAUGUCUGAAAAAUUAAGAGAAUUAAAGCUUGCACUUUAAGACAAACCCGUCGAUGUGGAUGUUGUAUAUAUGACUACUUUCAGUCUGUUUCUUUUCAUAUACCAAGCGCAUUAAAUAAGAGACGCAGGAGUUAUUUUGCAAUACUAUA